UUUUGAUCGCUACGCGGCUUCAAAAUCUUCGACGUCACCACGCCGAAGGAAGGCAGCCACACACCGAGCAGCGCCAAGAAGCAUGUCGGCCCCCGUUCCUCCGCCGUCCAAAGGCAAUCCAACCUACUUUAGUGACAAGAAGAAAGGGGAAGUGAAUGAGCUCAAGAACCUCUUGCGAGACUCGACGGUUGAGCGCGACACGAAGAAGAAGCGCGAAAUCAUCAAGAAAGUUAUUGCGUACAUGACGCUCGGUAUCGAUGUCAGCCGCAUCUUUAGCGAGAUCGUUGUGUGCGUCAAUACCAAGGACAUCAUCACGAAGAAGAUGGUGUAUUACUAUUUGACCAACUACGCGAACAAGAACGCCGAUUUGGCGAUUCUGUGCGUGAACACCCUCUUGACCGAUUGUCAAAACGAAGACCCGCUCGUCCGUGGCCUUGCCCUUCGAUCGCUCUGCUCGCUGCGCUUGGAAACGAUGCUCGAAUACAUCCACGAACCGCUCCAGCAUUCGCUGACCGACACAAGUGCGUACGUGCGGAAGACGGGGGUGAUCGGGAUCCUCAAGGUGUUUUCGCUAAAGAAGGAGCUGAUCAAGGACAGCGACAUGGUCGACACUCUCUACAACAUGAUCCGCGACCGCGACCCUCAAGUCGUGUCGAACUGCUUGGUUGCUCUGAACGAGAUCAUGGCGGACGAAGGCGGCAUCGCGGUCAACCAACAGAUCGUCAUGCACUUGCUCACACGCAUCGCCGAGUUCAAUGAGUGGGGGCAAUGCAACAUCCUGCAUGUCGUGAGCACGUACCGCCCGUCGAGCGAAGAAGAAACGUUCAACAUCAUGAACAUCCUCGAGCCGCUGCUCCGCGUGUCCAACUCGGCAGUCGUGCUCGGGACCGCCAAGUGCUUCUUCAAUCUCACGGAGAAGAUGCCACAAGUCCACACACAAGUGUUUGAGCGAAUGCGCCAACCGAUGCUGACACUCAUGGCCGGCGGGUCCCACGAACUCAACUACUGCGUGCUGCACCACAUCCUGCUCAUGGUCGGGAAGCACCCACGCGUGUUUUCCCCCGACUACCGCCAGUUUUACAUUCGGUACAACGAGCCAAGCCAUGUCAAAUUCGUCAAGCUGGACAUCUUGAGCGGAGUGGCCGACAGCCACAGCGUCGCCGACAUCAUCAUGGAGCUUAGCGAGUACGUCACAGACGUGGACCAAGAGCUGUCGCGCCGCGCGGUCCGCGCCAUUUCGCAGAUUGCGAUCGGCAACAGCUUUGGCCAAGAGGGCCUCGACGCCAUGCACGACCAGAUCGUGGACACGAUGGUCGAGUUUCUCGAAAUGAACUUGGACUAUGUCCGCGACGAAACCCUCGUCGUGAUGAAGGACCUGCUCCGCAAGUUUCCCCAUAAGGUCGACGACGUCCUCGACGUCCUACCUCGCAUCAUCCCCAAGGUCGAAGAUGCCCCGGCCAAAUGCGCUGUCAUCUGGAUGCUCGGCGAAUUUGGCCAGGAUCUGCGACGGGCGCCGUACGUGCUGGAGCGCCUCAUCGACGCCUUUGCCGACGAGAUUGCGUCGUCCGUGCAGCUCCAACUGCUCAGCGCGUCGCUUAAAUUGUUUUUCAAACGCCCGCCCGAGAUGCAGUCGAUGCUUGGCAGGUUGCUACAAGCCGCCAUGGACGAAUCCCAACAUAAUGUGGACGUGAAGGACCGCGCGUUGUUUUACUACCGUUUGCUGAGCCAGGACGUAAACGCGGCGGCGCAGAUCGUGCGCCAGUUUGAACCUGACAUUGUUGACGUGUUUGCCGAAAUGGUCGAGACGGAUCUGCAGGAAAAGCUCUUUCGCGAGUUCAAUACCCUGGCGGUCGUGUACAACAAGCCAAGCGAGACGUUUGUCGCGCCAUCCCACCUCAUCACGCUCUUGAACGUGGAUUCGCACCAAGACGAGGACGAAGAGGACGAAGAGGACGACGACGAAGAAGACGAUGGAGGCCAUCACCAGCAGCAGCAACAGUCGUAUGGCGCACCGAAUCCUCCGCGCCAGGCUCCUCCGGCUCAAGUCGACUUGCUGGGCAUGCUGGACUUUUCGCAGCCCACGUCGCAAGCUCCCGUGCCACCUCGUGCAUUCCAGCUCAUUCCAAACCCGUCCAUGGACGCCGCGACGUUCCAGAACUUGUGGGGGACUCUCCGUGUCGUGUCCCAGAUCCAGGUGAAAAUGCCGGCAAUCCCUGCCCAAAGCGACAUUGAGCGUGCGUUUGGCGGCCAUGGCAUUUUGACCAUGGCGGCGGGCGACGUUGGUCCCCAGUACAAGUUUUUCUUUUACGCCCAAGACAGCCAGCGCAACUAUUACUUGGCGGAAACGGUCGUCGAGAAGGCGCAGUUGGUCCUGUACGCGACGAUCAAAGGCCAAGACGAAGUGGGCGGGACGCAAUUUGGCGACCAUUUCAAGCGCGUCUUGUUUGGCUAACGAGGCCGACGGACCUCUCGAGAACGGUGUGGGUGACAGUGUACUACUUGAAUGUAGCCUCGUUUCUGUGGGGACAAUUCGAUACAUGAGCACGUGGAAUAGUCGCAAUGUCCGCACGUUGAAGAGCAAUUUUUGGGUCCUUUCAGCCA